UGGCAGCAUACAGUCCGAGAGCAUACACCAUACGUAUGGCUUCCCUAGCGAUCCGUGCUCUUGACUACUCCCACUCUCGACGCGCCCCGCUUGCGAGCUCGCUUCGAGUCUUACCUCUGACAACUCCUCAUACCGACUGCGAGGACUAGCUUGCAUAUAUAGGUCGCGAGGCACGCACCAUGAUGUCUCCAGACUUCCUCUAUGCUUUUGCUAUGUUUCUGUGGAGGUCGGCAAUAACCAUCUUCUUUCGCGAGGUCAGACCCAGGGGUGCAUUCCACAUCCCUCAGGAGGGACCUGUGAUAUUCGUCGCUGCCCCGCAUACCAACCAAUUCGUAGACAUGGUGCUUGCUCUUGAAGUAUGGCGCGAAACCAGGCGAAAGGUGCAGUUUCUGGUGGCUGCUAAGAGCAUGAAGCAGCGGGUCAUCGGCUUCUUUGCGAGGAUGGUAUCAAGCAUCCCGGUAGUUCGCGCGGGAGAUGAAGCGAAGCCAGCGACAGGCUGCAUCUCACUGUCCGAAGAAGAUCCAUGCCUCGUCAUAGGUCAUAAUACGGCUUUCACAAAAGAGCUCAGCCCACGGAUGCAGAUCAUGCUCCCCAAGUCAGUCAAUGCGCCUCUCGCUGAGGUUCUCGAAGUCAUCUCCGAUACGAAACUGAAGAUCAAGAAGGAGUUUGGCGGAGACGGUGGUGGCAAGAGCACGCUGAAGAUUCGCCAGAAGGUGUCGGAGCUCCAAGCUGAGGGCCAGCCAGGGUUGGACUUCAAGAAGAUACCUCACAUCGACCAACAGGACAUGUACCACCACGUCUACCAGUGUCUUACUGAAGGCGGCUGCAUUGGCAUCUUUCCGGAAGGUGGAAGCCAUGACCGUGCCGACUUGCUACCCCUCAAGGCUGGGGUGUCCCUGAUGGCGCUAGGUGCAAUGGCUAACAAUCCGAGCCUGAAGGUCAAGAUAGUGCCCGUUGGGCUGUCCUACUUCCAUCCCCACCGAUUCCGCUCUAGAGUCGUCGUCGAGUUCGGAACUGCGUUCGACGUCCCCGAGGAGCUCGUCGCACUGUACACGGAAGGAGGUGCAGAGAAGCGGCAAGCUGUCAGCCAGCUCCUCGGCCUAAUUUACGACGCCCUGAAGAUCGUGACGGUCAGAGCUCCUGACUACGACACGUUGAUGCUUUGCCAAGCAGCGCGACGCUUGUAUGAAAUGCCAGGACAGCAUACGGGUCUGGGACAGGUCGUCGAGCUGAACCGGCGCUUCCUUGAGGGCUAUUUGCACUUCAAAGAUGAGCCCAAGGUCAGACAGCUGCGCGCUGACGUGCUCAAGUACAAUCGCAUGGUCCGGGAUCUAGGUCUACGCGAUCACCAGGUUCCACGGGCACAAAAGGCCAGCUGGCAUACCCUCGGAUUACUCAUCUACCGCCUAGGUUUGCUGGAAUUCUGGAGCGUGUUGGCUCUCCCCGGCGUUAUUCUCAACGCACCGAUCUUCCUCGCUGCCUCAGCGAUGUCUCGGAAGAAAGCCAGGGAGGCGCUUGCCGGUUCUGUGGUCAAAAUCUCGGGCAGAGACGUCAUGGCGACAUGGAAGAUCCUCAUCUCACUUGGACUGGCCCCGAUAUUGUACGGCUUUUAUGCCUUCCUUGCGACCAUGAUCGCCGUCAGAGCCGGUGUGCCGUUCAAAUGGCGGAUCUACACACCGAUCUUUGGAGAAGCCGGUGUGGACGUCCUGAAAUCGCUGCCUCCGCUGAUCGUCACGUUGAUUCCUGGCCAAUCGCACUCACUCGACCGGCUCAAGGCGAUGCGUGUGCAAGUAACCGACGAAUUGAUAGAGAUUGUAAAUGAGUUUGCACCCAAGCUAUACGAGAUUUCGACGAGCCGGCCUGGACUCUCCCGCCGCAGGAGUGGUAAUGCUCCGUCGCGGGCACAGGGCACCUUGCUCGUGCACCCAAUGACCUGGCUAGACGAACAUCUCUUUGGCUGGACACCAAGCCCAUCGCCGGGUAGCGCUUGGUCAGGGGGGAGCCAAGACGUGAGCCGCUCGCCCUCAGAGGACGGGGAAACCGACGACGAUGCCCACGAGCAUGGCGACUACGAUGACGUCCUCGGCUACCUCGAACAGCGAGGAGCAGAGGUCUCAAGGCCACGUUCAAGCGAACGAAAGGGGUCCUACGCCGAUUUGCAGCGGCUCCGGAAUGAGUCGCGCGAGCGGCUGAAUGGGGCAGCUCUAUCUUCUGCACGGUCAGACGAGGCCGAUGGCAUUGAGAUACGCAAACGGGCCAAUAGAGCAGGGGAAUUUGGUGCACCUUCUUGAGUGGCCCAGACCCAGGACUCUUGCGAGUCGCCGCAGAUGGCCAGGAUGAUACAUCCUUAGUGUAUUGCAUAGCGUACUAGUAGCCAACGAUUUGUCUCAAAUUCCCCAACGCUGAAAUCACCAGUUACGCAGGUAGG